AUGUCAGACUAUACUGACACACCUCCAGUCCCACCCCAGCGGAACACCAGCACUUUUAUUGGAUCGAAUUCCAAGGACAGCAGCACUAUGAACCAUGGCUCGAAACCACUGCCUCCGAAUCCAGAGCAGCAGCAGAAGAAGAAGAAGCCCAUACUGCCCAAAAUCCCUGGCACUGGAGACAAAAGCGUUAAAAAGAAAGAUGAGAAGAGAGAAAGACCGAAGAUUUCUAAGCCCUGGAACUUUGAACACCCCAUUCAUGUUGGAUACAAUCCUGUCACUGGAGAAUUCACUGGUAUGCCGGAGCAAUGGGCGCGAUUACUGCAAACCUCCAACAUCACCAAACAAGAGCAGAAGAAGAACCCGCAGGCAGUGCUGGACGCCCUAGAAUUUUUAAAUUCCAAGAAAAGCACCAACAGCCAGAAGUACAUGAGCUUCACAGAUAACCCUCCUGCCUACACCUCUUCUGUAAGCCCGAAUUCGAAAGGUGCAUCAGAGACUCCCGCUUUGGAGGAUGAACUGAUGAUGAUGAGAUGAGAGUGAGCCAGACCCACCGCCAGCAGUUGCUCCACGUCCUGAGUACACAAAAUCGAUACUCACUCGCUCAGUGGUCAUACCCACACCAUCGUCCACGGAUGAGGCUCGUUCAGAACCAACAGAAAACAGCGUGCCAUCAGUAGACAAUGCGGCCAAAGGAGCAGAUAGAUUGAAGAAGAAACCCAAGAUGACAGACGAGGAGAUCCUGGAGAAACUGAGAACCAUUGUAAGUGUGGGAGACCCAAAGAAAAAAUACACGAGGUUCGAGAAGAUUGGGCAAGGGGCAUCCGGAACCGUAUACAUUGCCGUGGAAGUGGCCACUGGUCAGGAGGUGGCUAUUAAACAGAUGAAUCUUCAGCAGCAGCCGAAGAAAGAGCUAAUUAUCAAUGAGAUCCUUGUGAUGAGGGAAAACAAGAACCCGAACAUUGUCAACUAUCUGGACAGUUACUUGGUCGGGGAUGAGUUAUGGGUUGUGAUGGAGUACCUGGCUGGUGGCUCACUCACCGAUGUCGUGACCGAAACUCUGAUGGAUGAAGGACAGAUUGCGGCUGUAAGCAGAGAGUGUCUGCAGGCCCUGGAGUUCCUGCACGCCAACCAAGUCAUUCAUCGGGAUAUCAAGAGCGACAACAUCCUGCUGGGCAUGGAUGGAUCUGUCAAGCUAACUGACUUUGGCUUCUGUGCCCAGAUCACCCCAGAGCACAAUAAACGCAGCACAAUGGUCGGCACACCAUACUGGAUGGCCCCCGAAGUGGUCACACGGAAAGCUUAUGGCCCUAAAGUGGACAUCUGGUCUCUUGGCAUCAUGGCUAUAGAGAUGAUAGAGGGAGAGCCUCCUUAUCUGAAUGAGAAUCCACUCCGGGCUUUGUAUCUCAUUGCAACCAACGGAACCCCGGAGCUACAGAACCCAGAGAAGAUGUCUGUGACAUUCCGGGAUUUCCUGAACCGCUGUCUGGAGAUGGAUGUGGAGAAGAGGGGCUCUGCCAAAGAACUACUUCAGCACCCAUUCUUAAAGGUGGCCAAACCUCUGUCCAGCCUGACGCCUCUAAUACUGGCAGCCAAGGACGCCAUAAAGAACAGCCGCUGA